AUGGCUUCUGGGGAGAAAACUGCCUCAGGCAGAGAGAAGAGGCGGUCUGUGGUAGAAGUCACUGGAGAUCUGCUCAGUUCCAACAACUGGCCAACACCUUCCUGGACAAAAAGUUCUGGAAAUUCAUGGCAUUCCAACUCCUCGGACGAUCUCCAUGCCUUUCCUGAUGGGCCUUUUCCCCGUCCCCUAUCAACCUUUGCUGAUUUACCUCAGGACCCAGAGGCCGCCUCUCUGAAACCAGUCCGGCGGUUCAUUCCACCAUCUUGGAAGACCUUUUUUCACAAAUGGUGGAGGAAGCCUUGGUCGGGGCCAUCUUUCGUAAGCUACUCUAGGGAAGGCGAAGAGAGUUCCCCGCCGUUAUCUCCCCUUUUCAACCGUCCCCAGAGGAUCAUCUCUGACAGAGACGAGAUCUCCAACGAGGAAGACAACGGUGAUUUUAAAAAGCCACCUUCGGCCUCCACCGGCCCUCCGAGGUACGAGAAGACGUUGCUGACCCUGAGCCAUGGCAACCUGUCGACGGGCCCACCGAGCUAUAAGGAGAAGCUGGAGGCCUACGACUAUAAGUAUUCUUACAUGAAAUCUUGGCCAGGCCUGCUUCGGUUGCUGGGGGGCCUGGAACUCAUCUUGGGGGGGAUGGUUUUUGCUUGUACGGCAGCCUACAUCCAGAAGGACUACCAGUGGUCUCAACUAUACGGUGGUAACCUUCUCUCCAAUGGCGUCCUCGGGGGAGGAUACGGGUAUAACUAUUAUGGGCCAAUGACCCCCUUUGUGUUGGUGGUGGCCAGCCUGGCCUGGCUGGUGACCGUGAUCCUGCUAGGCCUGGGAGUCACCAUGUACUACCGGACGAUCCUCCUGGACUCCCACUGGUGGCCUCUGGCCGAGUUUGGCCUCAACCUCCUCAUGUUUCUGCUCUACAUGGCUGCUGCCAUCGCUUACGUCAACGACGUCAACCGUGGCGGGCUCUGCUACUCCGUCUUCGCCAACAACCCACUCAUCGUGGCUUUGUGCCGAGUCGAAGGGGGCCAAAUGGCGGCCAUUGCUUUCCUCUUUAUCACCACGUUACUCUAUCUGACUGGAUCCCUUGUCUGUCUCAAGAUGUGGAGGCAUGAGGCUGCCAGGAAGAAGAUGGCUCUGUUAAGGCUCAGGGAGGUAUCUCGUGAGGGUAGGACACCUGCAUACACAUCUAAGCAAAAGUCGAGCUCCCCGCAAGCUGUGGCCAAGCAGGCUGUGUCCGGGAAUGAAUCUCAACCAUCCAGAAAGGUCACCAGGCGUGUUGAGUUUUCAGAGGAGGGUGAGGAGGACCCUGCAAAGCUAAACUACAGCAUCCCGACGGGCCACCACCCAAAACCACAUGUCGUCCCAGAUUAUGUGAUAAAGUAUCCGGCAAUCAGAAGCAUAACCGAGCAGGAGAAAUACAAAGCGGUCUUCAAGGACCAAUAUGCCGAAUAUAAGGAGCUGUACCAUGAAGUCAGAGCUGCCCGGCAGAAACUGAAAGAGCUGGGGCAUCUGAUGGACAAACUGCCCCACACCUAUCAGAAUAAGAAGGAGCAGAACAGGGUUUCCACUGUGCGGAGGGAAUACGAGGAGAAGAAGAAGGAUCCCACCUUCCUGGAGAAGCAGGAACGCUGCGAUUAUCUGAAAAAGAAGCUCUCUCACAUCAAGGCCCAGAUCCAAGUGUAUGACGGCGCGGCUGAAGACGGCUCUGUGCACUUCUGA